UUUGCACACAGCGCGUGAAGGCCAAAUACCAUUCUAUAUGCAUGUGUAUUAAUACCAGCUGUGUUGUCUUUUACUCCUUGAUCGUAAAUCGUUCAUGUAAUUCUGAUUUUUGAAAUAAUGGAAUCGCCUUUGUAUUCAUUCGAAAAUGAAAUAUUCCGUCUUUUCGCCACCUACGCAACUAUCGUCGUAAUAAAGAUGCUCUGGGUCGGUAUCUGGACUUCGAAGUACCGUUUUCAAAACAAGGUAUUUGCCAAUCCAGAAGACAUCGCUUUAGCACGAGAUGACAGUGAAAAACUGAAACCUAUUCAUGGUGAUCACAACAUUGAAAGAUUACGAAGAUGCCACGUCAAUGAUCUUGAAAAUAUCGUCCCUUUCUUAGUGCUUGGAUUACUCUACAUAGCAACAAGACCUAGCUUCAAUGCGGCUUCGCUUCUCUUUCGAGCAUUUGCAUUCUCCCGAGUCUUCCACACCAUAGCCUACCUCACACCCUUACCGCAACCCUGCCGACUAUUAGCCCACAGCAUUGGGGUGAUCGUCAAUGUUUACAUGGCCGUUAGCAUCCUCAUCCAAGGACAGUUAUAACGCUGCAUUGGGACGGGUAUAGAAUUCCCAUAAAGACGCUAUCCAACCCCCCUUUUUUUUUACUUCUCAGAUAAAAUAAAUAUUACAAGAUUUGGUAUUCGCAUUUGGGUGUAGAAAGUUAUUAUGGGAAUGUGCAUUUUGUUAUUAAAGACUUUAAAGAAAUUGUAUUAAAGAAAAUUUUGUUGAAAUUUUGCCAAAAUGUUUCUCUUUGUUUCGAAGUGCAUUUUAAAGUGACUGUCUUUCUCUUUCUCUCUCUUUUUUCCUUUAUAGUCCGCCUUUUCAGUGAUAUUUUGUUUUGCUAGUAAGGUUUAUGUUGCAAGAAGUAAUAGGUCUUUUAUAUAGCACCUUUUUAUACACCCUCCAAAAUCGAAAUUUACGACUUUCUUCUAUAACAAAUGGAGAAUCUACUCUUGUAAAUUAUAUCAUUAGUUUACUGUAAAUGGACUCUUGUUUUUCAAUAUAAAAUAUUGCAUAUAAUUGUACUAAAAAAGCAAGCCCCUCCUCCUAAUGAGACACAAUAUUUCGUAGGUGGUUUUCUACACUCAUUAAGCAACUCAUGUGAAAAAAUGAGAUUAAUCAGUUGAGUUAUGCAUUCUGAGUAAUUUAAGAUUGAAUAAAGAAAUGAUCAUUUUUUAAUGUCACAAGAACCGUUUUUCAGAUUGUGUAUAAGUUGGAGUAAGUGGGCGAAGUUUGUCUUUUGGUAAUUUUAUGGUGUUUUUACUGCUUAUGCUACCUACCAUUUACCACUUCACACAAUAUUUGGAUAACGUAUAUGUUCAUGGGCACAUUUUUUGUGACGUAUCAUCAUAGGGGUUUAUUUUCAUUUUUUUAAAAAGAUGUUUUAUUGUUGUUCUCUCAAAUCAAAUUUUAUACAAUGCAGUUUACAAAGUAACAAUUGUGAAUAAUAAUUCGAACAAAUUUCUUAAACCCAUACAUUAUGCACAUCAUGUAAUAUUAUUCUGCAUCGUACCAGAUGAGUGUGACAAACAAAUAUCAGAGAAAAAAAUUACAGAAGUAUAUGCAUUGUACCUGCCCCCUCCUAUCCCCCAACUCUUCCCUCCGCAAACCCCCACACUUCACACCCUCAAACACUCUCACGCCCUUGCAUACGGUGCCCGCGUUCCGUUUGAAACAAGAAAAACACCAUAAUGAACGAACAUAAUCUCGUGAGCUCUGUCGCCUCUAUACUCUUGUAAGGAAAUGUUCCCAUUUCCUUAUAAUAGGUUUGAUAAUUUACCCCGCGUUACUGCUAAAAUUUUCUCUUCACGUUCAUUUUCUAAUAUCUUCUCUUUGAUUUCGUUGGGACUUGGUUGUCUUUUUGAAGUCCAGCUUUAAGCAAAGAUAAGAUAUUUUAUUAAAAGAAUAAUGUGAUUAAUUAUCUGUUCUUUCCUAUAUUAGCAUGGUUAACAGCAAUGUGUAUAUCCACCCACCUGGCAUUUUUAUUUCAUACAUAGUGAAUAAGUUACCACAUUCUAUCCAUACGUCUCGUCUUUUCACAUGAAAAAAAAAAACAGAUGCUCGUAAGUUUCUUCAGUAUUCCCACAAAAUGGACAUUAACUAUCUGAGGAAAUUUUGAAUAAAUGUAAAUAUUUCUUCGUGUAUAUCAAUUCAUAAAGCAUUUUAAAUUGAAACUCUCUAAGCCUACUGCUUAGAGUACAUCUUCUGGGUCUUGAAAAUAUAACACAGAUAUCUCUUUCGGAGUAAUUAUAUGUCUUUAUGUUAUUAAACGCAUGUAUACGAUUUUUCCAAUUUAUUACUUAAAAGUGCCUUGUAUAUUUUCUUGGAUGUCACGUUUGGUAAAAUGUUAAUCUUACCAUUAAAUAUAAAUUCUAGAUUUA